AUGACGAAGGAUAAAGGAAAAGCGAAGGCAUCAAAGAACCAGCCGAAGGUUAUGCCUUUGGAACACUCUUUGACACCUGACCCACAAGCGGAUGAAGCUGUGACGAGUAUGAUGGCACACGCUUUACCCGCGGAUUCUUUUGAUGAAGUUACAACGGGCAAGGCCAAGCCCAAGAAAUCAAAGAAAUCAAAGGAAAAGAAAAAUACACCGAUGGAGUCAGCUGACAAGAUACCGAAGCACAGGCAGAUAGGAUCGGGACUGGGAGACCUAAUACCACAAGGUAAAGGAGCCUCAAAAUCUGAAUCAGAACAAGGGUCAGACUCUGGAGGAGAAGAUUCAGACGGCCGGGACACAGAUGAUUACCUGCGCGAAUUGCAAAAGUUGGCGGCUGAAUUCCAGGAAUACAAAGACCGGAAGAAGACCGGCAAACGAAAAUUUACGGUGGAAGAGAAGCCUAAGUGUACUAGCGGAGACGAGGAUCAAUCAUCGCUGGAAUUUGAAGAGCCAGACUCGUCAGGACCAGAUCACUUGCCGCCAUCGGCCAAGCAGUCGAAGACAUCGACGACGAUGACAACUCGUAAGAAAGCACGAAAGGAUGACGGUGACGAUGGAGACAAUCAGUGGCUGCAUGGAUUGAAGGAGAUGGACACGCAAUUUGAUGAGAUUUUCGGAGAGUGA